AUGGCUUCUCAGUCGCAUCCAAGCGGCCAUGUGCAAGCUAAUGGACAGCUGACUGCCCGUUCCUCUCCAAAUAAUCAGAUCCAGUUCGGCCAACCCUCUCAGCAUGUCACUUCCAACGCGAGCAUUGGCCAAAGCCAGUCUCUAGCCCGACGCAUCUUUGGAAACAUCUUUGGUUCAUCUCUUCAAGCACGCCCCACGCCGUCUGCAACGAAUGAUCACGCUCAAUUCCGUGAGCCUUCUCAGCACGACGAUGCCCAAGCUGUUUCCCAGAGUGGCGUUGAGCAUGGCUACGCCUGGGUCCCAACCGUUCGUGAGCGCAAUGACAAUGGUACAGUAUCGUACCGUCCCAUGGCACCGCCAACCUUUGUGUCCAAUGUCCAAGAGCAAUCGAUCAUCCCCCAUGGCGCCGAGAAUCUUGCUAUGACUCAUGGGGAAGUCAAUCUGCCUGAGGGUACUCGUCUUGCCGCCCAUCUACCACUAGGACCUGAGGAUGCACCAAAUGCUCCCGGACGUUCCUACAGACGUGACUUCAGGCUAAUGAUUGAGGCCACUAACAAAAUUGAUACGUUGGCACCCGAUCUGGAGUACGCCAGACAGCACAAUUGGUACCAGCAGAUCGAAUCUCUCGAACGUCAAGUCCACCAUUGGCGACGGGAUAUCAACUUCCGAAUUGAGAGAUCAAAGCACUCGCCAAUAUUCCAGGAGUUGCUUCUAACAUAUCCGCACAUAUGGAAGCAUGUCAACUCAGCUUCCCUUCGGCAGCGACUUGAGCGAAGAAGACUUACAGCCCCAAUCAAGGCCGAACAGGUGGGAGAUGAAAAGGAUGCAGUUCUCAAUCGGGUGGUAAGCCAAGUCAGGGCUAGAAACCCGAUCUCGAACAACUCAAAUGCUGGCAAAGUUGAUUUCUUCAAGAAGGAAGAGCAUGAGAUUCAGAAUCGAGCUCAAAUCAAGGCUGCUAUCCAGCGUGCUCCUAGACUACCUGCCACGUCCAAUCACCCGUCUAAUGCCACACGCCUACCAAAAGAAGAAGCAGGCACCCGAACACGGCCUGCAACUACUGCUACUCUGGGAGUAUCAACCCCUGCAGAGAUGAACUCUCCCGAAUCCGAUUCUGAUGAUUGCGUCAUCAUUGGUGAGCGCAAAGUCAAUUCAAGGGCCCACCGUCGACGUAGAAACGGCCUCGAGCAGAGCAACAUGUUGUCAAAGGGUCCGCGCAUUGACCGUUCACCAUCACCUUACCGAGAACGGUCACCUCGACGAAGACGCCACCUGGAUUACCGAGAGCGGUCACCUCAACGACGUGCAGUAAUCGAAGAACUAGAGUAG